AUGGAUAAGAUACUUAUGAAGUACAUUUUUGACGCCCUGUGUACAACAUUCAGCAAGAAAGAUGUAAAAGAAGACAGAAAAUUAGAAAAUACUGACCAUGUACCUUACUAUAUAACAUUAGAAGAAUUAUAUGAAUGUCUUCAUAACUAUAAACAUAUGCAUAUGGACAUACAUAUGAAAAAAAUAAUAUUAGAAAAUUUAUAUUUCUGUAAAGAUAUACGUUUAUUUAAAAAAGAAUAUAAUAAUUGUGUAUCAUCUGAUGAAUAUAAUAAUGAUAAGAAUGUAAAAAUAUAUGAUGAUAAUGAUAAAAAGGAUAUUAUUAAUAAUAGUUGUGAUUAUUAUGUAUGUAUAAAUAAUAUAUAUAUAUAUAAUAAACAUAAUCUUUUUUAUUAUCAAAGAAUAAAAGAAUCGAAAGAAAAAAUCUUUCUUUUGUUAUAUAUUAUAUCUGGAAAAUAUAAUGGCCUAAUUCAAAGUUCCUUAUCCAAAUAUGUAAAAUUAGAUCCACGAAUUAUAUAUUAUCACUUACAAGAAUUAUUUCAAUAUUUAUUGGUUAAAAAAAUAAGUAUCAAUAUAAAUAAUGUGGAUUGUAAUAUGAAGGACAAUAAAGUAAAUACAAGUAUUGUAAUGAACGAAUUAGAAAAGAAGGAUUAUAAAUAUAAUAUGAUAAAUCAUAUCCAUUCAAAUGAUGUCCAUUCAAAUAAUGUCCAUUCAAAUGAUGUCCAUUCAAAUAAUGUCCAUUUAAAUAAUGUCCAUUCAAAUAAUAUCCAUUCAAAUAAUAUCCAUUCAAAUAAUAUCCAUUCAAAUAAUAAUAACAAUUGUGUGUAUCGUCAAAAUGAUCAGCAUCAUAUGAAUCGAACUAGUAAUAGCUUUAUCAAGUUAAACCCUUCUUAUAUUUUAUAUUAUAACAUUUUUUUUAUAUACAAUUUAUUACCUAUAUUUAUAAAAAAUUUGUUAUAUUCACAAAAUGUCAUGUCUAUUAAUAAAAUUAUACUAUUUCUUUUAAACAAAUUUAUUAUCAUUCCUCAAAAAAUAUUAUCCCUGAUAUUUUUUAAAUUACUUAUUGUAUAUAAUCCUUAUUAUUUUAUACAAGUUAGAAAGGCACUACGCAUUUUUAAUUGUAUACUGAAUUCGCUAAUUAAUAAUAAAAAAGUUAUUAUGUGUAAAAUUAAAAUACACUCCACGUAUGAAAAUUGUUAUUUAAGUUAUGAGAAUAAAAAUAAAAUGAAUUACCAUAACAUAAUUAAUUUCUUACUUAUGUUUUACUAUAAUUAUGAUUAUAUUAUACAAUUUAUAAAUAAAUCUUGUUUUUUAAUGUGUGAAGAUUAUUCUACUGGUUUUUUAUUUAGGAGUGCUAACAUGAAUACUUUCCGUCUUGCAAAUAAUUUGGGUACAUUAAAAGGAUAUGAUCAAAAUGGAAUCAUUCAGAGUGUGUGUAAAAAGGAGGCAGGUGCUGCUCUUAGUUCUGGUUCUGAUCAUGUGAAAGAGGAUAUUGAUAUUUUAAAAGGAAAGUCUGAUCAAGAUGAAGAAAAUAGCAAAAAUGAUGAUAUAUAUAUAAAUGAUAACAACAACAAUAAUAAUGAUAAUAAUAAUAAUAGGGGUGAUGAGAACAUAUUGUUGAACAAAGAAAAUUGUAAUGUAAAAAUUAAGGAAUUUAAAAACUUUAUGGAUAUAAAUAUAAACCCAAAUAAUAGCAACUCAGAUUGUUAUUCUAGCUCAUUAAACGAAAAUGAUGAUUCCAUUGAAUCGGAUGUCUCUUUUAUUGAUGUGGAUAAUAAUGUGAAUGCAUAUGUGGAUUCAUCACAUCUUAAGGGGAUAGAAAAAAAAACCAAAAAAAAAAAAAAAAAAAAAAAAAAAGGUACAUCGUGUUGUUCUUCUUCGUCAGUGGAUUAUUCGCAUUCGGAAAAAUAUAACAAAAAUGAUGAUGAAAAUAAUAACAGUGAUGAUGAUAAUGAUGAUAAUAAUAAUAAUAAUAAUAAUAAUAAUAAUAAUAAUAAUAAUAAUAAUAAUAAUAAUGAUGAUGAUGAUGAUGAUUAUUAUUAUUAUUACAAUGAUUGUGCUCAUUUGCACACAAAUAAAUACAUUUCAUUAAAUAACAUUUGCAUGUUUGAUAAAAUGAAAUAUUUAAUUAUCAGCAAAGGGAUUAAUGGGAUAACAACCAAAGAGGUUGCAGAUUCUUUAUUUCUUACCGUGAAAAAAACAAAUAUUUGUCUUAACAGAUUAGUAAAAAAUAAAGUUAUAAUUAAAGUACCUGAAAGAAAAAAUAAAAAUUUCAUGUACCGAUUUUUUGAUAUAAAAAUAUAUGAAUAUAUACAAAAAACGAAACACCUCCUUCCCUUAACCGGUGAAAAUAUGGAGUUCCCAUCUAAUAAAAAAAAAGAUAAAAUUGAAACCAUUCAUAGUGAUACAUUAAAUAAUAAUGAUAAUAAUUUGGGGGGGAAAGAAAAUCAAAAUGUGGUACAGUCCAAAGAAGAUGAUACAUAUAUUAACAGAUCAAAUAAUAAUAAAGAAUGUAUGUUAAUAAAUAGUGAAAAUAAUUUAUCAAAUAAUAAUAAAGAAUAUAUAUUAAUAAAUAAUAAAAAUAAUUUAUCAAAUAAUAAUAAGGAAUAUAUAUUAAUAAAUAGUAAAAAUAAUUUAUCAAAUAAUAAUAAAGAAUAUAUGUUAAUAAAUAGUGAAAAUCAUUUAUCAAAUAAUAAUAAGGAAUAUAUAUUAAUAAAUAGUAAAAAUAAUUUAUCAAAUAAUAAUAAAGAAUAUAUGUUAAUAAAUAGUGAAAAUCAUUUAUCAAAUAAUAAUAAGGAAUAUAUAUUAAUAAAUAGUAAAAAUAAUUUAUCAAAUAAUAAUAAGGAAUAUAUAUUAAUAAAUAGUAAAAAUAAUUUAUCAAAUAAUAAUAAUUUUUAUAAAAAUGAGAUACAUUCUAUACAAAAUAAUCAAGAAAAUCAAAAUAAUUUUAAUACUAUACAUUUUAAAAAAUUAAAUGAAUCCCUUAAUGUUUUAAGUUUUAUUCAUACUGUAAAUAAAAUCGACAUCAAUAUAUUAAAUUAUGUAAUACCUAAAGAAAUACAUCUUAGUGAUUCUUAUGAUAAUUAUUAUGAUUUCUUUCAAUCAUAUGUAAAUCAUUUUAAAAAUUUUGAAGAUAAAUAUGAUUUAUAUACAUGUAGUUUUCAUCUCUUUUAUUAUUUAAAGUUUUUAUUAAAAAAAAAUGAGAAAGAAAAAAUUAUAAAGAAGAAAAAAAAUAAUGAAAAUGACAUGGGUGCUAUAAACAAUAAGAAGUAUGCGAUACAGAAAAAAAAUUAUAAAUCUAAUGAUGGUGAUAAUAAUAAUAUUACAUUUGAUGUUGAGCAUGUAGAACAUUCUGAUGAUAAUAUCACUUUUAUAAAAUAUUUUAUGGAAGAUACAAAAAAAUUAAAAAGUAAUUUAUUUAUUAAAAGAUUGUUCCUGUUUUGUCAUUUUUUAAUUUGUUCAAAAAUUGUAACAUUUAGAUUUAUUCAAGAUUUAUUUCUUAAAAUUGAAAAUAAUGGCAGAAUGAUUGAUCGUAAAUCAGUUCAAAGAUUAUAUGAUUAUUCUUUAAAAAUAAAUGAAUCUUUUAAAAAAUAUAAAAUACCUUCAACCAAAGUUGUAAAAUAUAUUUUCUAUGAUUCCUAUGUAUUGAAUGAACACGAAGCAAACAAAUUCUAUAUGAAAUAUCAUCAGGAAUAUAUUCAAUAUAUAUAUAAAUAUUAUACAUAUAAUAAAACUAAUAAGGACCCUAUGGAAUAUUAUGAUAUGUCAUCAAUACAAAAGGACAAUGUCAAAAAGGAAGAAACAAAUAUAGAAAAAUUUGACAAAAAAUUUGACAAAAAAUUUGACAAAAAUGUAAUAAAUGAUAAAUAUGUUCAAGAACAAAUUGGUACCAAUCAAAAUAUUUCAUAUACAAAUAAUAAAUAUGAUCAUAAUAAAUAUAAAGAAUAUAAAACGAUAGAUAAUUCAACAAAUAAUCACAUAUACAAUAAUAAUAAUAUUUAUAAUAUUUAUAAUAUUAAUAAUUGUGUAACAAGCAUUUUCAAUGUUGAUAACAAAAUGCAUGAAUAUAACAUGAACAAUACAGGUAAUAUGAGUAUCCCUAAUAAUAAGAGAAAAAACAUGGAUAUAAUGAAUGAACCCUUAAAUUAUAAAAAAAAUAAAGUAUUACAAAAAGGUGAUGAUAAUGAUAUGGAAAAGGAAAUAAUAUCACCUGGUCAUAUAAAUAAUAAUCAUAAUAAUAAUAAUAUUUAUAAUAAUAAUAAUAAUAUUUAUAAUAAUAAUAAUAAUAUUUAUAAUAAUAAUAAUAAUAUUUAUAAUAAUAAUAAUAAUAUUUAUAAUAAUCAUCGUAGCAGUGGUUUCUCCAAUAAUAAUGAACAAUGUAAUAAUGUACUAUAUAUCGAUAUUCUGAACGAAUCAGCAUUUAACCUUAAAGAACAAAAUAUAAAUAAUAAUAAAUAUACAAAGGAUAAUAAAAAUAUUUUUCAAAAUUUCAAAACAACACAAGAAUUAUCAUACAGUAUUAAUUAUUUUAACGGGUUUCUGUUUUCCAAAAUGGCAAGAUAUAAAUAUUUCCAUAAAUGUUUAAUAAGAUUAUUAAAAGAAAAAAUGAAAAAAAAAAAAAUAAUACAGAAUUAUAAAAUUAAAAAUGUACAAAUUAAUCAAAUAUAUAAUAAAAAUAAAAAAUAUAUGAAUUAUAUAUCUUAUAAUAUUGCUCUUACAAUUAAAUAUAUUGUAAAAAAUAUGUUUCUUGAUGAUUAUUUAAAAAUUAUAAAUAUAGGAUGUCAAUUGAAUUAUAUUGAAAAUUAUCUUUUGAACAAUAAUAAUAAUAAUAAUAAAAAAAAAAAACUCAAACUCAAACAUUUACCUAAGGAACUUUUUGAAUUCUUAACAUCUUAUUCUUUAUUUAGUUGUGAUAAAAAAGAUAUGAUUAAUAAUUUUUUAAUAACAAGAAAAAAUAAUUAUUAUAAUAUAAAUCAAUUAAAAAUAAAUGAUAAUGUCUUCUCCAAUACGAAAAAAAUAAAUGAACUAUCUGAUUAUGAUAUGAAUAUUAUAAAGAAUAAUGAACAAAUUUGUAUUUUUGUUUAUAUUUAUAGUAAACUCAAAUUUUUACAUAAUAUGAAUUUAAUACAUAUCAAACAUAAAAAGAAAAAGGUAUCCUCCCAUCAAUUCAAAAGUGACGUUACAUUUCAUAAUAAAAAUGAUGAUUUAAAUAUUUCAUUUAUGGAUUUGAAGAAAAAUAACUUAAAUAUUUAUAUUAAAAAAAAGGUAACUAUUAAUAUUUUUGCCCCUAUAAAAAUCAAAUACGCAUAUUACAACAUGAUGACAUAUAACAACUUUGAGCAAUACUACUACGAUUUAUACCUGUCCGUUGAAAAGUUCAAAAAGUUUUUGAACGAGGUGUGCUCGAAAUACUCACCAGGAGGAAAACCCAAAAUACAAGAUAUCAUUCGCGUUUGGAAAUUUAAAAAUAAGAGCUUUAAAUUUCUUAUUCUACAUAACACCUACACCAAACAAUUAUAUUUAACACGCAAAUUUAGACAGCUUUUUAUGAAUUUAGUAAAAAAGAAAAAAUUGAAAAAAGAAAUAUCCAAAGUAAAACUUAUAAAAAUUAUACGUUCAUGUAAAGAAUAUAACACAUUUCGUGAUUCUUAUAAUUUGUCCAAAAUUAAUUUAAGAAAAUAUGUAUCCAUAUUUCAUAAUCUUUAUAAUAAUACGCAACAACAAAAACAAUAUCAAGAAGUAGAUGAAAAUCAUAAAGGAGAAGGAUUACAAAAAAAUGCAUUCAUAUCUUCCACAUUAAUAAAUAGAGAUAUAUCUUUAUUAUGUCCAUUUUGUAAUGAUAUCUUUUUUUUAAAAAAUGAUUUAUUAAAUCAUAUAGCAAAUAUUCAUAACAUAAAUAAAAAUUUUUCAGACAUCAUAAAUUUUUUUUCAAAAUCAAAUCAAUUGAUACAUAAAAAAUUAAGUCAUUUUUUAAAAUAUAAAAAUAGAUUUAAUAAUGAAUCGAAUCAUGUUUUACAAUAUGAUAUAAAUCAAGAAUAUAAAAAAAAAAUAUAUGAAAAACAACAAGAACAAGUAGAAAAAGGAAAUAUAUUAUUAUCCUUAACAAAUCAACAUGAUAAUGAAAAUCAUACUAUUACAAAUAAACAACAUAUGUUAUCAAAAAAUGAAAUGAUUUGUAAACAAUCAAAUGUAUAUAUUUAUAAUAAUGACAAUGGAAUAAAUAAAAAUAAUAAGAAAAAAAAAAAUAAACAUUUAUAUAUGUAUAAUCUAAUCAAGAAUGAUAAAAAUAAAUUCCCUCAAAAUGUUAACAACAUGAACUAUAAUAAACCUUUUUUAAAUAAAUAUUUAAAUUAUUUUUUAGAAAGAAUUAAAAUUAAAUACACCUUAAGGAUAGUAUAUAUAUAUUUUGUUACCAUCAUGGUUCAAUUAAUCAUGUCACAAAAAAAAUUAAAUAGACAGAAAAAAAAAAAAAACGCCAACAAUAAUAACAAAAUAAAUAAUAUAAAUAAUAUAAAUUUUAUAAAUGAUGCAAAUGAUGUAACGGAUAAACAAAAAAAAUUUAAAAAGAAGAACGAACAAAUAAAACCUACCUCCUUAGAUGUUUUAAAAAAUGGUACACAUGGAAAAGAAACAAAUAAAAAAAAAAUAAAAAAAAAAAUAAAAAAAAAAAUAAAAAAAAUAAAAAAAAAAAUAAAAAAAAAAAUAAUAAAUUUAAAUAUCCAUAAUGAUAAUAAUGAUAAUAAUGAUAAUAAUUAUCACAAUCGUCAUAAUAAAGUUUUGAAAAAAAAUAAAAUAAAGUUAAAAAAAAAAAGAUAUAAUAAAAGUCAUGAAAAAAAUAUAUUAUUACAUAAAACACAUCAACCUUAUAAUAAGAUGAAUAAUUCUAUACUAUUAAAAAAAAAGGUCAAAAAUAAUAAGAACAGUUUUAUUGAGUACAAAUUAAAUAACUUUGAAUUAAUGCAUUUUCUAAAAAACAAAACGAACUCUAUACCUUAUAAAAAAAGUAUAUGGAAUGCAGUGAAUCAUAUGCUCAUUGGAAAAUUUAAAUAUAAUAUUUGUAUGUUUAUACAAAAGAAUUUAUUUCAUUAUUUUAAAACAAAUCUGGUUCACUACUUUUUUUUAUUAUCAAAUGAACAUUUAUCAAGAUGUAUUAUAAAUUACUUUUGCACAAAUAUUUAUAGUUGUACGUAUAGUAAUAUAAAUUAUUAUUAUUCUAAAUAUAUAAAAAAUAUAUUUCAUUUUAAAUUCAUAACACUUGUAAAUUUAAUUAAAUUGUUAAUAAUUAACUAUGGAGAGGUAUUUACAUUAUAUAAAGAAAUAAGCAACUCAUUAUUUUAUUACAAAAUUAAAGAUGUUUUAAAUGUAAUCAAAUUUAUACAAAAGAGAAAUUAUAUAGUAGAUACAUCUUAUGUUUUAUCGAAUUAUAUUACUACCGAACUUGUACAUGAUAAUAUUUUUUCAAACUUUUUAUAUAAAUCAUUAUUUUAUAAAAAAAAAUUAUCCCUCUAUGUUAAAAAAAGUUAUUUUGAUAAUAUUAUUGAUAUUAUGUAUUUGUAUGGUGUAUCACAAGCCCAUGAUUUGUUCAAAAGAAAUCACCAUAAUGAUGAUCAUAAUGAUCACCAUAAUGAUCAUAAUAAGGAGGAUAAUAUGGACAAUAGUUACUACCAUAAUAAUUAUGAUUAUCAUUAUGUUUAUCAUUAUGAUGAUGAUAAGAACGAAUACAAAAAAGACAAAAGUAAAAACAUAUGUUAUCAUAUAAACGAUUUGAUAAAAUGCAUAAAUAAUUCCUACAUUGAACAAGAACAAGAUGAAGAAAACAAUAAAGAUACGUACCACAUUAGUAUGGAUGAUUAUUAUGAUAAUUAUUUUAAUGAUAAUAGUUUAUUAAAUGAACAUGUAAAUAAUUCAGAAGACGAUUAUACACAUUCAAAUAUGGUAUGUGAAAAAUAUUAUUUCUAUAAAAAAUUAAACAUAUUUCAAGUAAAUUAUUAUAUUAAAAAUUUUUUGAGUGGAAAUAUUAUUUUGUACGCCUGUAAUAAUUAUAUAAUUUCAGAUGAUGAGAAAAAUGAAAAUACUCAAAAUGGUGAUAUAAGUGCUAAUCAACAUGAACAAAGAAAUAAUGAUGAAAGGGCAUAUUCCCGUUUGGAUAAUGAUGAAGAGUUCUUUAAUAAUAGUAAUGAUAAAUCAUCAAGUUAUGAUUCCUCAAGUAUCCAAGAUUCGGAUAUUUUUGAUCAACUCUCAGAUGAUUAUGAAAUUAUUAAAUUAUUAGAACAUGACAAUAAUGAAAAAAAUAAAAAAUUCCAAGGAGGUAUAAGUCAACAUAUUAAUUAUUUAACAAAACAUGUGAGUGAAUAUUUUCCAAACUAUUAUAUUGUAAAUCAUUUCAAAAAAAGGAAACUAGCCAAAAAACUUUCUCACAUCUUUCCAUCAAAUGAUAUAAUAAACCAUAACAAACAAUAUGGCACAUCACAUAAUAAUAAUAAUAAUAAAAAAAAUAAUAAUAUGUUUAAUUUUACAUAUUACUGUGAUGGUACAUAUUUUAACAAUCCUUUAUUCAAAUAUUUUAAAAAGUAUUGUUUAUAUAUUUACGAAAAUAAAAAUUGUGAAAAUAGAGAAAUAUACAAAGACAGUCAAAAAUGUAAACGCUUGAAUAAUUCAAUCAUAUUAUCUUUUAACAUGAAUAAUAAUAAUACUGAAACAUGUAAUAGGAAAAAUAAUAAUUUUGUUAAUUUUACAAACCUUUUCAAAAAAUAUAUAGAGUCCAUUAAUAUAAAAGAUAUAAAUAAUAUAUACAAUAAAAAUGAGAUACUAUUAUAUAAUAUAAGCAAAAAAACAUUUAUAGAUUUUGAUACGUAUCCACAAAAUAUACAUUUAUAUAAUAUUGCUUAUAUAUCCAAUAUACAUAAAAGCUUGACGCAUUUAUUGAAUAUUCAAAUUAUUAAUAUGAAAAAUAAUAUCUUUUGGUUACAACAAAAAAAAAAAAAAAAAAUUAAAAAAAUAAAUAAUAAUAAAAGAACAAGUAAAAAUAAAUUAAUAUUUGUCAAAAACAAAAAUAAGGGUAGAACAAAAAAUAAUUGUAUUCUUGUUGAAAAACAUAAUAAUAUAUUAAAUAAAAAUAAUACUAGUUCAUAUCCAUCAUCAUAUGAUAAAAAGAAAAAAAAGUAUAUUAAAAAUAUAGAGAACAAAAACGUAAUAAUUAAUAACAAGAAUUGUAAUAAUAAAAACAAAUUUGUAAGAAAGGUUCGAGUGAAAGAAAAAAAAUAUACAAAUAAUCAACAUUUAUAUAAAGAUUCAUUCAUUUUUGUUAUUCACAUUUUGUAUAAGGUCUUUUAUUUAAAUAACAUUCUGGAUGAUUAUGAUGAACAGGGUAAUUAUAAAACCGUUCCAAGAAAAGAAAAAACAAAACAAAACAUCCAAAUGGAAAAUAAUAAACAUAAUAAAUAUAAUAAAAAUAAUAAAUCCUUAUCACAGAGAAUAAACGAAAUGUAUAAUAAUCAAAACAAUAUAAAUGUUAUAAAUACAUUAUAUAAAGAUCAUGAAAUAGAGCAAAAUAAUAAUUCUUCCUAUAAUAAUAAUAAUAAUAAUAAUAAUAAUAAUAAUAAUAAUGAUGAGGAAAGCACACAUGCAAAUAAUAAUAAUUAUAAUAUAAUAAAUUCACAAAAAUGUGAUGAUAAUAUUCUACAUGUUAACGAAAAUUCAGAUUCAGUUGUAUAUAACUAUACUGUAAAUAAAAUGAUAUUCAUUUAUUUGUCUGUUAAGAAAAAAAAAGGAAAUGGAAUAUUUAUUGAUAGUUUAAAAAAAAUGUAUUUUAAAAAAUUUAUCGUAUUUAAUACAUGUUAUCAUAAGAACAAUUAUGUUUCCAUAAAAAAAGAAUAUGAUUUUAUCCUUUUUUUUUUAAGUAAAUUAAAUGUCAUAAAAAUAUUGUCUUUUAUGAAUACACACAAAAUAUUUCUAGCGAAAUAUCAUAAUUAUAAUUCAUAUAAAAGAAAAAAUAUUUUCUAUCAACAUAAUUAUAAGUAUCCUUUUUUAAAUAUGAUCAGUGUAUAUUUAAAAAAUGGCAAAUUCAAUUUUGAGGAAUAUACUGAUAAAACAACAAAUAAGUUUAAAAGGUUUAUAACGAAAAAUAAAAUGAUAAAUUAUUUAAAUAUAAUACCAAGGGAUAUUCCUAAUAAUAUACAUAAUAAUAUACAUAAUAAUAUACAUAAUGAUAUACAUAAUGAUAUACAUAAUAACAUAAAUAAUGAUAUUUAUAAUAACAUACAUAAUGAUAUUUAUAAUAACCAUUUGGAAUCGUUAAUUUUACCUGACAGACAUAAUAAAAAAUAUGUACAACAAAAAAUUAAUUAUCAUACAAAUAAUAUGAAUUAUGCAGAUUAUUUAUUUAUAAAUUUUAUAAAUAAUAAUACUUUGUAUAAGCCCAAAUUUAUACCUAACUUAAUUCUUUUGUUUAAUAUCCAGUGUUACAUUAUAAUACAUGACUUUGUUUUUAAUUAUUUUUUACAAAGUGGUAAUCGUAUAUGUGAACAAAGCAAAGAAAAAGAAACACAUACACAUACACAAACAUAUACAUAUACACAUACACAUACAUAUACACAAACAUGUGACGAUAUAUCAAGUGUCCAACACACCUUGUUUGAAAGCCCACUAGGAAACAAAUUAUUAUAUAUGAUGCAAUAUAAAACAUACCCACAAGUUAUUAAAUAUAUCAAGAAGAUAAUUAAUAGAGCUUGUAAAUAUCUAGAAUUUUCUAUUUGUUCAUAUUACAAAAAUUAUGAACAAUCCAUACAUAGAACAAAAAAUAUAAACAAACAAAUAAAAAAAAAAAAUAUAUUUAUAUAUUAUUUUAAAGAUAAUUAUGUAAAUGCAAAUAUGUUUAAUUAUAUAAAUGGUAGUAUAAAUGUGAAGUUUAUUUUUUUUUAUAUUCUUAAAAUUUUUUUCUACUUGAAAAAUAAUCCGUACAGUACUAUAUUUGACAUAUAUAAAAGUGUUGAACUUGUGAACUUUUGUGACCUGAACUUUCUAUUAAAAUCCAUGUGUCAAGAUAAAUUUAUUAAGUUUACUUUAAUGUAUGUAUCAAAAAACAGCCAAAUGUACAAGUUGAAAAAAAAUUACAAAAUCAUAAAUAUUUUUAACAACAUUAUAUCAAAUAAGAAAAUAAAAGGAAAUGGGAAAAAAGAAGAGUCUUACAACUUUUUUGAUACUACAAGUUUUGAAGAUGAAACAGAUAAUUAUUCAACAGAUCAAUGCACAAUUUGUGAAUGUACACAAAAGGAUUCUUAUUUAAUUAACAUUAAUAAUAAUGAUAAAAAUAAGGAGGAUGGUCUUAUAUUAAAUAAUAAAUCUACAUAUAACCAAAAGGAGAAAACAAAUUAUAAAUAUAAAAAGUUUAUAAAAAAAAUUAUGUACAAAAAAGUGAAAUUAUAUUAUGUGCAAGAUGAAAAUGUUAUUUUUAAUAAGUUUGAAGGAACCUUAUGGAAUUAA